AUGGAUCUACUAGAUGCCGACGCGCUAAGGCGGCUGUACCCGGAGGCCUUCUGGGCGCCGUUCCUCGCGGAGGGCAUGCGACCCGACGGCCGGCCCAUUGGGCAAGCUCGCGGCGUCAGCAUUGGUCUGGGCACUGUAACGAAUGCGGAUGCAUCAGCCCUGGUGAAGCUGGGAGACACGGCGAUGGUGGCGGCGAUAAAGGUGGAGGUGAUGGCGCCCUCGGAGGACCGACCCACGGCAGGCGCUCUGCUGGUAUCGUGCGACCUACCGCCCAUCUGCUCAGCAGCAGUGCGGCCUGGCCGCCCCCCUGACAUGGCGCACACCAUCUCGCACCACCUCACCUCCCUACUCUCCAGCGCCGCGUGUGUGGAUCUCACGCACCUCUGCAUUGUGCCGGGCAAGGCUGCAUGGGCCAUCUGGCUGGACAUAGUGUGCAUUGAUGCCGAUGGUGCUCUCUUUGAUGCUGCUCUGCUCGCCGCUCUCGCCGCCCUCUCCUCCCUGACCCUCCCUGCGGUUGAUGUGGUGGCGAAUGGAAAGGUCUUUCUGCAUUCGCAGCAGGGCGCACAGGCGGAUGGGGGGCGCACAGGCAGCGAGGGGGAGGGCGGCGGGGGAGGCAGGGGUGACGGGGAGGGGGUAAGUACUGAGGAGGGGAGGAGGGACAGGGGCGGAGGAGAGGGCGAAGAAGCAGGUGUGGAAGGUGGGAAGGGAGCAGAGCGGGACGGGGAUGGGUUGGUGGUGGAGCAGACAGUAGAAGGGAGGAGACUGGAGCUGCAGGCGCUGCCAUUGGCCCAGACUGUGUGCUUGUAUGGGGGGCACCUGCUGGUUGAUCCUACAGCAGAGGAAGAGCGGCUGGGGAGUGGCAGUAACAAUGUGAUUAUAGCGAUGGAUAUGAUGGCGCGGGAGGAGGGGUCAGGGGCUGGGAAGGGUGCAGAGGAGGAGGGGGAGAAGGGAGGGGGAGGGAAGGGGAAGCGGAAAGGAGUGGGGAAAGGGGGAGGAGUGGGUGACGGAGGAGAGGAGCUGUUACUGGUGUUUAAGGCGGGAGGCUCAACAAGACUAACAGCAGCAGGCAUGCAGGACUGCAUUGCAGCAGCAGCGGUGAAUUUGAGAGAGAGGAGAACCGCUUUGCUGGACGCAUUGGCUGAGGCAGAGAAAGGGGAGGAGGAGGAAGAGGAGGAUGACGUGGAGGAAGGGGAGGAGGGGGAAGAGAUGGAGAACUGA